CUGUCUCCAUUCCUCUAAAUCUACAGACAGUUCAACACUGUACUGUAGCUAGUCUCCGUUGCUAUCAUCGUUAAUAUCGCCUGGCUUUGGACCAACGUCUUGUGAAAUCAGACGGUUUGGUCUCGGUUAUCGUCUGAUUUGACCUGCUUAACCACUAAGGUCCUGAAUAGGAUUUGCGGUCUGUCAAUGAGGAACUACAGGCUCAUCUUCUGCCAUAACUUGAAGCAACCAUAGAUGACCAUUGUUUACUACUAGUCAGUGGAGCUGGAGAUAAAGUUAACUUCUGGGUUUUUGAAGUACAACAAGACGGACUGAAGCAGCUAGGCUGUGGAGGCGAUGAGGAAGAGCCUCUCUACUUCCCUCAGCGACUCCCUCAGCACGGCCAGAGUGUUCGGGAUCCCCCUGGAGGAGGUGCAGCACAGCGGACAGCCAGGACAUGAGGUCCCCCUGCUGGUCAGGAGCAUUGUGGAGUACAUUGAAGAGCAUGGAGGGCUGAACCUGGAGGGCCUGUUUCUUGUGAACGGUAACGCAGAACGCGUGGAAUGGCUCAGGCAACGCUAUGACAGUGGUGUGGAAGUGGAUCUGGAGAAGGAGGCUGACCUGGCAUCUGCCAUCAGCCUGCUACGCCUCUUCCUGCAGGAGCUCCCAGAGCCCAUCAUCCCUGCAGGCUUACAGGCACAAAUACUGCAGCUCUAUCAGGACUACAGCAGUGAGGAGGAGUUGGGAAGAAAUAUGAAGUACUUCCUUCAGCAGCUGCCGCAGGUCAACUACAGCUUGCUUCGUUUCCUGUGCCGAUUUCUGUCUGGUGUAGCAUCUCUUCAGGAGGAGAGCUGGAGCAUAGGAGCUCUCGCUGCCGUCUUUGGGCCAGACAUUUUCCAUUUAGACACCGAUGUAGAAGAUCUAAAAGAGCAGGAGUCUGUCAGCCGUAUCCUGGCAGAACUGCUGGAGAACCAGGAGGAGUUUUUUGACUGUCGGGAGGAGGAGGACAUCUCCAACACCAAUGACUAUAGCUCCAUUAAUGACCAGAUCACCGAGCUUCUGGAGGAAGAAAAGUUGGAGGCUUGCGAGGAGCUCCCACAAGACUGCGAGGAUGGUCCUUCCUCACUGUCACCCAAACAUGCCGACGUCUCCCCCUCUUCCAGUGCGCACAUUUCUUCCAUCAGUAUUCUUCCAGGAUCUGCAGAUUUAAUCCAGAGGACCAUUCGUGCCGCAGUGGAACAGCAUUUUCUGGAAUUACAGACUUCUAUUGACAAGGAGCUCAGCAGCUAUGAGAGUCAGGUUUUGGAAUCCAAACCCAUCCAGGGAAACAGCCCUACUCAGACACCAGGGCCUGAGGACCAUGAAGAUGUGCAGUCUGAAUCAGAAGCUGAAGCAGAGACUCUUCCAGAGAAAUUUACAGAGGAAUCUGAAGCUUCUCAGCUCAGCAGCCCCUUCACAGAGGAAAGUUCUGGAAUGGACCUUGAUAUGGAGGCUGUCAUAGAUGCAGAGAAUCUCAACACAGAAAGACUGGAGAACUACCCAGACUGUGAGCAGAUGGUCGAGGCUAAUGUUAUCACCUGUGAGCACAAUGAGUUUGACCUGAAUGCUAAUACUGCAUCAUCCAGCAACCCUCAGUCUUUGACCAGAAGCAUGUUCACGGACUGUGAGCAAGAAGCAUCAUGCCCCAUCAUUUUCCCACUCAUUGACUUCACAUGUAUGCACCUGCAGAGAGAAGGGAGUGACCCUGUGCCAGUAUUCAUGUCAUGGCAAGAGGAGACCGAGUCAGGAGAAGCCCAGCUAUCCCCACUGGCAGGCCGCAUGGUGCCUCGGCCCCUAGAGGAGGAUGCUCAACCCUUACUUGCCCGCCGUUUCCUCGACUUUGGCCACAGUCAACGGUUCUUUCAGCAGGACCAUGAUGCCACAUCCUCCACCAAAACUCUGUCCUGUGGGAGGCCUCGCCGUGCCUCUCUCUCUUCCAAAGACAGUCUAAAGGGGGACACCAUCUCCCAACAGCUCACCAAGAAAUUCCAGAACCUCAAGAAGAAAAUAAAGCAGUUUGAGGAACAGUUUGAAAAAGAGAGAAACUACAAGCCAUCUCAUGCUGACAAGGCAGCUGAUCCAAAGGUGCUGAAGUGGAUGACUGACCUCACCAAAAUCCGCAAACAGCUCAAAGAUGCCAAACACAAGGCGGAGAGUGAGCUGACUCCACAAACCCGUCCACGUAGUAACACUCUACCCAAGAGCUUUGGAUCCACGCUGGAGCAGUCAACCCAUGAAGGCCCUGUAGAGAGUGAGGCACGGGGUCAACGGCCCACCCGAGAGGAGACGCUGGAGCUCAUUCUUCACCACAUCAAAGCUAAGAGAGAAGAGGAAGGCUGGCCCGAGGAUAUUAGAAAAAUGACCAAGGAGCAGCUUUCCUGUGAGAAAACAGUGUUACAGAAGAACCUUCUGUAUUAUGAGGGACUCCAUGGGCGCCCUGUCACCCGAGAGGAACGCUUGAUUGUGAAGCCCUUGUAUGACAGAUAUCGGCUGGUUAAACAGAUGCUCACCCGCGUCAGCAUCACCCCCAUCAUAGCCUCUCCUUCCAGCAAACGCCGCAAUCAGAUGUUACAGCCCAUUAUAGAGGGUGAAACUGCCCACUUCUGUGGUGAGAUCGAAGAAGAGGAGGAAGAAGAAAGCAGGGGACUACAGGAAAAUGUAGAGAUGCAGAGCGAGGGGUCAGAAAUCAUCAUGAACCCAGUGGCCCAGCCCAGCUCCCAGCAGCUUUCCCAAGAGAACAUCCUGAGCUCUGGGAAGCUCAAUCUUGAUCUGCGUCUGUCCAGUUCAAACGCCUCCUCCAUGCCUGAGCUCCUGGAACAGCUAUGGAAGGCCAGAGCAGAGAAGAAGAAACUGAGGAGGACCAUCAGAGAGUUUGAAGAUGAAUUCUACCAGCAGAAUGGCAGAAAUGUUCAGAAGGAAGACCGCACACCCAUGAUGGACGAAUACAAGGAGUACAAGCGUAUUAAAGCCAAACUGCGACUUCUAGAGGUCCUCAUCAGCAAACAGGAUUCAUCCAAGUCCAUCUAGAGCUCCCAGGGCUGGGAGCUAAUCAGAUCAGAUGGGGCCUGUAGCAUCUCAAAAGCUCGACCAAUACCCCUUUCAGCUUAAUGCCUCAACGUUAGCCGGUCAACUUACAUCGACUCCUGCACUGCCUUCUUCAUCAAACCAUUGAGAAUAAAAAAGCUCUUGUUCUUUGUCGUCUAAAAGUUUAAAAACUUUCUGUCCUUUCUCUGAGUUUGCUAUUCAGAAUUUUGUUCCCCUUUUUUUCCCCACAUUGACCUAGCUUUCUCAUACUGAGAAAUCCGCAAAGGGGAUGUGCUGAGUUGAGUAAUCAUAUCAGUUUUACUUGUAUAUAGACAUUUGGCACUGAACUCUUCCUCAGACCACAGAGAUGGUCAUCAUUUCAAGCACCCAUGUCAUAUUCCUCCUCUUCCCGAAUUCUAGGAGUUCUUUACGCUAUUUGAGGGUGUGAUUUGGGUCAGACGUUUCUGUGUGUGUAAACUUGAAUAUAUCUAUACUUAUGUAGGAAAAAAACAUUUUAUUUUGUUUUAUUUUAUUUUGAUUAAGAUUUGGCGGCACAGUGAAUUAAAUAAUGUUUUUUCGCCACUCAGUUUUUCUGUUACAAAUCAGAGGACUCUUGUAUCAAGGUGGUGCUAUUUUUUUUUUUUUUU